AUGAUGAUGAUGAUGAUGAUGAUGCCGAGGAUGAUGAGAAGCAAUUGCCUGAUCCAGAGAAUAUUGAUUCCGACUCCGACGAUGGUGGUGAGUUGGUUAAAGUUGGUGGGGAUGCUGAUGAUGCUGACAAGGUACAUUCUUCUUGUCCCUUCUGCUGAUGUGAAUCCUUCUGAGGAUGUUGGAGGGAGUGAUAAAAAUGUUAAGGAUGUUGAGAAGCCGAAGGGCGAUGAGUCUCGAUUGAAGGGGGACGAUUUCUUUGAUGGGUUGAGCCAGCUUGUAAUAGAUGAUGAUCAAGUUGUGUUGGCUGGCUUGGAGGCUGUUGCUAAAAUCAAUGUCCCCGCACCCAAUCCAGAUGUUGUUGGUGAAAAGUCAGAUGCCCUUCAUACUGAUGAAGAAACUGAGGAUACUGUCUCUGAUACACCUCUGUUGGAUAAGAGGAAGCGUGCUCCGGCCUUGAAAUCUCCAUUUGUUGAUUUCGGGUCUGCUGAUGUCGGGAGCACUCCAAUGGAGCUUAUGUCCUCAGGUUCUCAGUCUGCUGGGGAUGAUAGGGAUUUCAAAAUGGUGACUUAUGUGAAGGGCCUUUAUGCUCUUAAUGAUGCUUUUGCUGAUCCCGUAUCUACCGAGAUUGAGGCAAAAUUUGACUCUUGGAUUGGUGAAGGAUUGCUUAAACAUCCCAGGCAUUAUAAUUGUUAUGAAGACGGCGCAAAGAAAUUUACCCCGGGUUUUAGGCUAGGUGUUGAUUAUGUUGAGGAUAAAACUUGGUUUUACCAUUUGGCCACAUGCGACAUGUUUAUGAACGACUCGCAUAUGAACACCAUAUUCUAUUACCUUCGGAAAAAAGGUAAGUAUUCUUCCGCUGUGACGUUGAAUUUCGCAACCACUGAUUGUCUUUUUGAUGAUUCCAUCCAAGCAUUGUACCACAAAUUUAACAAGGCCAAGUCAAUGAAGACUAAGAUGUCACACAUUCACGCUGCCCACCCAAUUGCGCAUUACAUCCGAGGUAUGCGCAUUCCCUGUUCCAAGCCUUGGUAUGAAGCCGAUCACGUGCUUUUCAUCAUCAAUUUAAGAAGGGAAAGUCAUUGGGUUUUUGGGCGUCUUGACGUGCACGAAAGGACGUUAUUUCUGUACAAUUCUUUGAGAACCGCGAAGAUGAAUGCCGCAGCUAGGAAUGCGAUGAAGGCUUAUUCCGUGUUGCUGCCUUUGUUUUUCGAUUUACUUGGGUUCUGGAAGAAUAGAGCACAAGUUCCUGCCUCAGUUUCUGACCCUACAGCUCCAUUCAGAAUCGUGGAGCUUAGUGGUCUUGCGUCUCAGCAGAAGAAUGAUUGUGGAGCAUAUGUUGCUGCCUUUGCUGAAUUCUUUAUACACGGAAAGGAUGUCCCUGCAGACUUUGACAUCGAAGUUUAUCGAACCCGACUUGCUUCACUUUUCUACUCGUACGGACAAAGGAAAAUUGACGAAAGUAUUGACAGCGAGGAUGAGAAGCAAUCCAAGUCUUCUAAGGCAUCUAAAUUGAAGAAAUAGGAACUUUUAAUUUGGUGGCUCUAUUAUGUUAUUUGUUGAAUCUAUUUACUUGACAAGUUUUAGUGUUGUUGUGUGUUUAAAACUAUGUAGCUGGUUUAAAACUUUUAGGAUAUUUGACAUUCACUCCUUAUAAUAUCUUUAUUGUAUAGGUUUGUAUUUCCCAAAGUUGUGUGUUUUUUUAAUUGUUCAAGUUCUUAUAUACGGUCGCACAACUAUGGAGAAACUAUUAACCAACUAAAUACAAACUAUGUUUUCAUUUUUCCUAAAUAGUGCUAUGAAUGUAUAUUUAUUCUUCGUA